UUUUAUAACUAUAUUCGAAGUUCGCAUCCGUAAGCGAACCACAGAGCAAUUAAACGACAUCCUUGUGUUUAUUGAUAUAUACGAGAUAUCAGAAGUAGACGAAAAGAGGUCAAUAUCAAAUCACCCACUUCCUGGCAUUUACAUAAUAAAGCCUCGCUUUCAACCUGUGCUUUCAACGCUCAAACACUUCCGCGAGUACACUUUCAUUUCAAAAACGACACAAGCUACAUCAAGUUUCAACCUACAUAGACGAAACAGGUGCAAGGAAGACCAUCUUAGUAAAGUACCAUUGCCUAUAAACAUCUGGGCAAGCAAUUAAACGAUUAUGGGUUGGUACGACGGAUUUCGUGAUAAGCCGUUUCAGACAACAUAUGGUGAGAACAAAACGGCUGUGACUGUCGAUGUCCUUGAGGCAGGAUUGAUUCUUGCCUUUGCUAUGUUGGCGUUUGCAUUCCUUCUCGUUUUACCUGGGUUUAGACAUAAGGAGCGUCUUUACGUGGCUAUCCGUAUCGUUGUGAGUUUGUUUAUUGGAUCAGUCAUUAUUCUUUCGAACUUUGGCAUGGAAUGGGAAAAGGCAGAAGUAGAUACACAUGUUCAUUAUAAAGCAUUCUCUGCGAAGGAGGUACACGCCCAUAUUGCCUUGAAGAUUGGUUUACGUGGUGUGAAUAUCACAAUGAAAGGUAAACCAGAAGAAUUUAAGCUUGAAAAUAAUGUCACUGAAAAAGUCAAUUAUAACGAAAGAUUUUAUUGGAAUUCACCGUGGGCUCAAGGACGUAUUGGCUUCGGUCCAUUUGCUGCAAGGAUUAACCGUGACUUGAGAGAAGCACAAUUUAAAGGUUUACCUUUUGCUAUCCUAUGGAUUGCUGAGUAUUUUACCAUUGAUGGUGAAAAUAUCAGAUGGGGUCGAUCUUAUCGCAUGGCAGGAUUUUAUACGCACAUAUGUUUAUGGACGGCAUUUGCAACCUAUUUAAUCACUAUAAUCUUAUUUUUUGUCGUGAUAUCUUAUGCAAGUGCAUUCUUGGGUCUCACUGGUUCUCUUAUGGUUAUUGGUAACAUCAUUUAUGCAACAUUACGCUGGGGUACGGACUUGAUGAUUCCUUUGAAUGCACAUGCAAUAUUAAAGCCAUCCUAUGGCUGGUGUUUUUAUCUUUCUUUGUUAACGGGUAUUGCUUGCAUUAUUUUGGCAAUAGUUAUCUAUGUAAUCGACCUUAUAAAUCCAUUGGCAACGGCUGCGUUUUUCAACAUCGAUAUUCUUGCGUCUUUCGAAGACACUGUUAUUGUGAAGACGAAAGGCGAUGCAGACGAAGAAAUCGAAAAAAACACGACAAACGGCGAUGCACAAGAAAUGAUAUCAGUAGGAUCAACUUCGAACGAAGAUCAAAAUGAUGAAGAGCACGAAAACGUAGAGACCAUUACAAAGUUUCAACCGCGAACAAGAGCAGGCCUGGGCCUCACACGUCGUCAUCAUGGAUCUCUGAGGUUGCCAAGGAAACCGCGACAGGCCUCUUCUCCCGAUAAUAAUGAUAAUGACGAUGAGAGCGCGUACGCUAAUGUUCCUAGACGGGGGGUGACUAUUAAAGUCACAAAUCCGCAAUAUGUGGAGAGAAAAUUUGGUGAAGAGUAAAGGUGUCUUACGACAAGAAAUCUUUGUUGCAGUGAUGUCGCACAAACAUUUAUUCCUUACACUAGAAAUUUCUGUAGAAGUGCAUGAUUGUGUUUAGUAAAUUACGUUUAGAUGUUAGAGCUUCUUGAUAUAUAGAAAAUGUCAAAAGUAAAGUCAACAGUUUGUUGAAAACUAGGUAUUAUUAAACUUUUUCUUGACAAGCAAUAAUUUUAUGCAAUAAAGCAAUGUUACGAUAAUGAAAACAAUAAAGGUGUUUGUAAGUUAA